AGAUUAAAGAGUUUAUGACUUAGAAGUAAAUAACGUGAACGACUAUAAACUUGUAAGUAUAUAGUUUUGUGUUAAAAUUAGCAUUACAUGUAGAACAAUGGCUAAGAAACCACAUAUUUUAAUACUUUUAACUUUGUAUUGCCUUUCUUCAAUAGAAGCAGUUAUUUCUCAAAAUAAGAAUACUAGAUCUGAAAUCAAAGAUGGCGAAGCAUGCGUCAAAGGACAGUUAUACAGGAUGGACUGUAAUACAUGUCACUGCAUUUCCGGCUCUCAGUUAGUGUGUACCAAAAUGGGUUGUUUGAGACAAUCCAAAGGAAGGACAUCCAAUGAGGACCAACGGAACUAUAGCGGACAUGUCUGUGUCCCGGGGAAGUUCUAUAGAGAUGGGUGUAAAAGAUGCUUCUGUAGCGAGGAGGAGCGGUUGCUAUGUGGUCCUGCAGACUGCAAGACAGUUAGCAAACUCCCCACAACGCACGAGGCCAUCCAUUCCCACAGUAAAUAUUCCCCCUCGCAACAACACAACCUCCCUAUUCUGAAGCACAGAACCUCCGAAUGUAUCCCCGGGUCGUCUUAUCGAGUCGACUGCAACACCUGUCUCUGUCUCGCCAACGGGAACCUGCAUUGUGGACAGAUGCUCUGUCCUAGUCAUGAAGAUGUGUACAGAGUAAAAGCGAAAGCUUUGUCAGGUCAACCAUGCGACGACCUUGACAUUAUAGAUAAGAAUCUGGAGUGCGUGCUAUGUCAAUGCGUAGGCGGCACCAAUGUCUGCCACGCCAAACCCAACUGUGAGCCGUUCAAGAAGCUAGAACCGAUCGAGGAGAACUCAGGGAAGGAAUGUACCCCGGGGAUGAUAUACAGGCGAGCCUGCAACAAGUGUGUGUGCACAGAAACCCACAGUCUCCGGUGCACAAUGAAGAGUUGCCUCAAUAAAGCGCAAGCCAGCCGCGCCCACAGGAUACGGAAGCACUGGGUGGACUAUACAUUGCGAAAGGCAGGAAAGAAAACUUCGCUCAACGCACAAUUACGUUCUAAGAAAAUUUCAGCUCAACGCAGGCAAAGCAGCACAAACAUAGACAGUCAAGUUAUAGAAGAAGUGAAAAACAAAUGCACACCGGGAAAGUUUUACAAGAUGGGCUGCAAGAGGUGCUUCUGCGAUGACAAGCAGAGGCCCGUCUGUGGGAGCACUGGGGAUUGCAAGUUGGCUAAUAAGUAUCCAACAAAGCCCAGUUUCCUCCGCUCCUACUCUUUCUCAGAGCUGAAGCAACUACCUACACUACCACACCAGUCAUCAAACUGCACACCCGGAGUAACUUAUAGAGUGGACUGCGACGCAUGCAUUUGCCUCGCAAAUAAGAAUCUGAUGUGUAACGAUCUGCUGUGCCCAAGUUAUGAAGAUAUUAAUAGGAUUCUGGCUAAAGAUAUGACUGGAAAUAGAUGUUCAGUGGGCAGAAACAAGACCGAGGAUUGCAUCUCAUGUUCUUGUAUAAAAGGCAUACUUAAGUGUGAAUCCCAGUCCAACUGCAUUCCAAACGGGAGACGAGACAUUCAGUAUGAACUACCUCUGGACCUGGAUGUAAAGGAGGACCGCCAGUGUUCGAAGGGAAUGGUUUACAAACGCGACUGCAACCGCUGCUACUGCCAGAAGGACAACACCCUCCGCUGCACCCUGAUGAGGUGCUUGAAGCACACCGAGGUGCAACGGCUGAAGAGACUGCGCACAGAACUGGAGAGGGACGGGCUUUGA